CAGGAAGGACAAAUUAAAUGAUGGGGUGCUGCAAUGUAUUGUGCUAAGCAGGCAUUACACAAGUUGUAGGACCAAUUGCUUUGAUCUGCAACAAGAGAUAUAUAGGGGAUCAUUUGAAGAAUGAGGAUUAAAACACAUUACAUGAAAAAAAUCACCUUUUUCUUAUUUCAGAUUAUUCCAGUAGAGAGAUUAGUGAAAGGAAAGUUCCAAGACAACUUUGAAUUUGUUCAGUGGUUUAAGAAAUUCUUUGAUGCAAACUAUGAUGGAAAGGAAUACGACCCAGUUUUGGCCAGACAAGGACAAGAUAUAAUUCCACAAACCUUCGGAGGUGAACAAAUAUACAGCAAAUCGAAGAAACCGAUUGGCACUGCAGUGCCUCAGAGAACAUCUCCAACAACACCUAAGGUCGCACCCUCACGAACACCACAUGUACCACUCUCCACGGGUAUGAGGAAAACCCCGCACGUAGCCAGAAACGGAGCCAGUGAUGCAGAUGCCCAAAUAAUAGAGCUCAAUCAGCAGGUAGGCCUGGGGAGCUACACAGGAGUAUAGUGUUUUCAAUACAACCUUUCAAUACAACCAAACAAUAUUCCAC